GAUCCAUCAUUUUACGAUCAAAUAAUAACAACCUCUCGGCUGUUUGCUGCAUCGAUCGCCGACAUACCGGCACAUCGUCGUGAAAGCAUUUUGCGUGCGGUUGCACGUUCCACAACAUCGCGUUAUGUCUGGGCUGUGAUUGCCAUUGUUUUCGAGCAUUAUUGCCUGAACUGGACGAAAAAAUCGGAAGGUAUGUUUUUUUUUUUGUAG